AUGGCCUUCAAGCGUCGGCGUUUGGAUUCUGCAUCGUCGCUCCGAGCCUCGUCAUUGUCCCAGCCUUCAUUCUCCCAAAUUAGCCCAGUUCCCCGAAGCAGUCUGGUUAGUUCACCAGCUCUGCCAAAAAUCCAACGGCAGAGCAAAGCUACUCUACGACCCUUGUCAUCCUAUGUCCCUGAAAGCCCAUCAUCUCGAACUGGAGAUGUUGUUCAGGCCAGAGUCGAGGAAACAGACGCUGAGGUCCAACUGCGGGAGGAAUCAGAUUCUAUCAAUGAAGUCAUUAUGGCCAUUGACAUGAAAGCUGGAAACGUUGGAUGUGCAUAUUAUGUUGCUAGGGAUGAGACGUUGUACUUGAUGCAAGACAUCAAGUCUGGUGGCCUAGAUAUAGUCGAUACCUUGAAGCUUCAUGCGCAGCCAGCCACAAUCGUUAUAAGCACACGCUCAGAAGAGAAGCUGGAAGAGCACCUGAGCAAGGAAGCUCGUGGGAUCGAUCGAGAUGGCGAAGACAACGAUGUGCUUGGCUCCUAUGUCCUUGAUACUCGACCCUCUUCCGAAUUCGGCUAUGAACAAGCAAAAGAUAAGCUGGUUAAUAUUCAACUAUGCGCUGAUGAAGCACCAGAAAUAAUAUUCAAAACAUGUGGCGAUCGUCUGGCACAAGACGCGGUAUAUGGACAGGCUGGCCAUUCCAGUGCUGGACGUGAAGGAAGGCUCCUGAGGCUUGCUGGGUGGAUCGAUCUUGGUAGCACUCUAACGGUGGGUUGUGCUGGGGCUAUCUUGAGCCACAUAUCCAGACGAAGGAACAUCGAAUACCUGCCCAAUGACACUUCGGCUUUAGUGGCUUUUCGUAUUCGCGUUAUAGAAAUGUUCACUCUUUCAGAUCAGAUGUUUAUAAAUGCAGAUACCUUGGCCUCUCUCCAGAUUAUGCAGUCUGAAAAUCAUCCGAAUUCUCAUAUGCAAGGAGUCAACUCUUCUGGAGCGAAAGAAAGCUUGACUAUCUAUGGUUUAUUUUGCUACUUGGCACGCACUCCACAAGGCAAACGGAAGCUCCGACAAAUAUUUUUGCGGCCUAGCUUGGAUUUGACUGUGAUUGAGGAGCGGCUGAAUACUAUCAGUGUCUUCCUGAGGCCUGAGAAUUCUUCUGCGUUGGCUGACAUCUGCAAAAGCCUCGGGAUGAUCAAGGAUAUACGAACAGUGGCAAUACAUUUACAGAAAGGCAUUAGUGAUGCUGGAAAUGGUAGAAAUGUCUAUAGAGGUGUUUGGGCGAGUCUUCAGCAGUUCACAGUCCACACCCUAGCCAUACUAGGGGCCAUCUCCGAGCUCAGUGACGGUCGUUCACUUGAUAUUGUAAACAAGCUUAUCAUUGAAAUACAACCUGUUACGCUCCAGAAUAUCUGCCAGGCAAUUAACGAGGUUGUGGACUUCCAAAAAUCAGCAGACCAGCACCGAACGGGAGUAUUACAGGGAGUAGAUGCCGAAUUAGAUGGCAUGAAAAGGACUUAUGAUGGAAUGGAGAGCCUUCUGACUGAGGCCCAUGACCAACUCUUGGCUGACCAACCUGAAUGGGCAUUUCAGUAUAUUCAGAACUGCAUCUUCUUUCCCCAGCUUGGCUUCCUCACAGUCGUCCAUCUUGAUCCCCAGACUGGUAGAGGAAAAUAUGAGGGGGAGGGCACAGAAAACGAUAGUUGGGACAAGAUGUUUGUGAGCAAGGACUUGGGAUAUUAUAAAAAUCUGCGUAUGAGGGAACUAGAUAGUCACUUUGGUGAUUUAUAUGGCAUGAUUUGUGACAAGGAAAUCGAAAUUAUCCAUGGCCUAGCGAUCAAGAUUCUAGAACACGAAAAAACUCUCGUUGCCGCUUCGGAUCUCUUAGGAGAGCUCGACAGCCUUGUUGCCCUAGCUCUUGGUGCCGACAAAAAUCAUUUCAGCCCACCCCGAAUAACUACAGCCAAUGUGAUCCACAUCGAAGGAGGGCGACACCCACUGCAAGAGCUCACUGUCCCUUUUAUUCCAAAUGAUUGCACGAUCAGAGGAGGAAUUGGCGAAGACGAGGACCAAAGCAGCAGCACAACUCCGGUUCUCCGGAGCCCGUCUGGUGUGCAACAAAGCGUUGAAAAUCCCAGCAUGCUCAUCAUGACCGGACCAAACUACUCUGGGAAGUCCAUAUAUCUCAAGCAAGCUGCCCUAAUUGUGUAUAUGGCCCACAUUGGUAGCUUUGUACCAGCCGAGAGAGCAACUAUUGGGCUAACGGACAAGAUCCUGACGAGGAUUGCCACUCGAGAGAGUGUUUCAAGAAAUCAAAGUGCCUUCAUGAUUGAUUUACAGCAGAUAGCUCUGUCCAUGACACUGGCAACGCACCGCAGUCUUGUUGUCAUUGAUGAGUUUGGCAAAGGUACUAAUGCUCAUGAUGGUGCAGGACUUUUCUGUGGUGUCCUAGAAUAUUUUCUCAAGCUUGGAGAGCGCCGGCCAAAGGUCCUGGCGGCGACCCAUUUCCACGAAAUAUUUGAAACCGGUUUUCUUGAGGAAAGGCCCGAGUUAUCAUUCGCACAUAUGGAGGUACGGGUCGAUGCAGAUGCUGAAAUGGUAGAAGACCAGAUUACGUAUUUGUACAACUUUGUGCCAGGUCGCAGCACUUCGAGUUUCGGCACAUGCUGUGCAACGAUCAAUGGGAUCGAUCCGGCCAUUAUUGAAAGGGCAGAUGAGCUCAUCCUUUUGACAGCCCGGGGUGAAGACCUGAUUACUGCAUGUGCUAAGAUCCCCGAGGAAGAGGCACGAGAGCUGGAAGAUGCGGAACAGGUUGGACGGCAGUUUCUCGAGCAUGAUUUCCCUCGGCCAAAUGACAAGGAUGCCUCAACCUUCGAUGUUCGGACCGCUCUGCAAUGCAUCCUCACUGGUACCUCAGUCUGA